AGAAAAUAUGGGUCGUCACUCAUGCUGCAACAGACAACAGGUGAGGAGGGGACUGUGGUCACCUGAGGAAGAUGAGAAACUCAUUAAUUACAUUUCCACUUAUGGCCAUGGUUGCUGGAGCUCAGUUCCCAGGCUUGCAGGGUUGCAAAGAUGUGGAAAGAGUUGCAGACUAAGAUGGAUUAAUUACCUUAGACCUGAUUUAAAACGAGGCAACUUCUCUCUGGAAGAGGUUUCCCUUAUCAUUAAACUCCAUAGAGUUCUUGGUAACAGAUGGUCUCAGAUAGCCAAGCACUUGCCAGGAAGAACUGAUAAUGAAGUGAAGAACUUUUGGAACUCAAGCAUAAAGAAGAAUCUCUUCUCUCAUGCUGUUUCUGAACUAGCUGCUGCCACCAUUAAUCAUCCUGCAGAUAUCUCCAACCAUCAAUAUUAUUCAGGUUUCAACCAGACUGAAGCAUUAUUGCCAAUGACUACUACUACUCUCAACCCUAAUAAUAACUUCCUCAUCAAUACCCAACAACAACAACAACAACAAUAUUUUCUUCAACUUCCCAAUCCUGAAGAAGUUGAUUCUAUUGGAAUGACACCCACAAUGCUGCAGAAUGUAACUCCUUAUUGUGACCCAAUAUGGUCGUCUUUCAUCAAUUAUCAACCUUUACAGACUCAGGAGGUGAUGCCUGAGAUGCCAAAGCUGUGCGAGAUGUUGGACAUGGACAUGGACAUGGAUGAAUGUACUACUGGUUUGUUAUCAUUAUCAUCAUCAUCAUCAUCUUCUUCUUCUGAAGUUGAUCAUCACCCAAUAACUACUACGGCUAGCCUUCCAAUAAGUUUGAUAUCUGAGUCAUCGUCUUAUCCAUAUGUACCAACCCCCAAUCAAAUGGAAUAUAUUAAUGUAGCGACUGCUCUCAUGCCAUCAUCCUCGUCCUCUUAUGUACCAUUAUGUGGGCAUGCAUCUUGGUUUUCUCCUUUCUCUUCUUCGCGGUUGCUUGGUCUUGGGAGGUCUUCAUGA